AUGAAUGGUAAUCCUGCUGAUGAUAAAACAAGAAAAGAUAAUAGUCAUUCAAUUAAUUUAGCAACAUUUAUUGCUAAUUGGAAAAUUGAUAAAACAUGUGAUGAUAAUUUAGCAAGCAAUCAUAAAUUCAAAUCAGAUAUUACUGAAGAAUCUAUUAAAUUUUGUGAUAGUUUAUUUGCUGAUUUAAGAUUUAAGGGUUGUUCAAAAACACUUGAUCUUGCUGCAUUACAAAGUACUUGUCAAUUGGAUUAUUGUAAUUGUCAUGAAGUUGAUAAAAGAAAAUGUGCGUGUGAAACAAUGAAUGUCUACGUUCGUCAAUGUUAUCAUGAUAGAUUAACAAAAACAUUAUCAUGGCGUCAUCAAAAUCUAUGUCCAAUGAACUGUACAGGUGGGAGAAUUUAUAACAGCUGUGGAUCAAAAUAUCAGCAAAGUUGUGGUGAAGACCUGACACAAGCUAAAAAAAUAAUUGACAUUGAAGAUUGUGAGGAAGGUUGUUUUUGUCCUGAGGGAAUAAUAUUUCAUGAAAACAAAUGUAUUACUCCAGGAGAAUGUCCAUGUAGAUUACGAGGUAAAUCAUUUCCACUAGGUACAAUUAUACCAAAAAAAUUCUCAAGAUGUUCAGUUGUUGGUGAUCCUCAUUAUGUUACAUUUGAUGGUAAACGUUAUGAUUUUAUGGGUAAAUGUAGCUAUUAUCUUGUUAAAGGUGAUAAUUACAGUAUUGAAGCUGAAAAUGUAGCAUGUCUUGGUGCAAUAUCUGAAAGUAUGGAAUUAAUACCAUCAGAUUCACCAUCAUGUGUUAAAUCAAUAAAAAUAUGUCAAAAAAAUUUAACAAUAAAGCUUAAACAAAGUCAUCAAGUUGAAAUUAAUAAUGAAGAAAUAACGAAAUUUCCAAUUAUCAAUAGUAAUACUAAAAUACGUAUUGCAAGUAGUAUUUUCAUUGUUGUUCAUAUGCCAAAUAAUUUAGAAAUAUGGUGGGAUGAUGAUUUUUUAACACCAAGUAAUGAUAUUGAACAAUCAAUUUUACCAUUUACAAAUAAAUGGGAAACAAAUAAACAAUGUGAAGAUAUAUUAAAAGAAGAUACAACACAUCCAUGUGAUAAAAAUCCUGAACGUUUAUCAAAUGCUGAAAAACAUUGUUCAAUAAUAUGGAGUAAUGUUUUUUCAUCUUGUCAUAGGCAUGUUGAUCCAGAAGAAUUUUAUAAAAAUUCUGGUCAGGAGUAUCAAAUUUGUGGUAACAGUUGUACAAGAUCAUGCAAUGAUAUAUCAUUUAAUCAUGUUAAUAAUAUUCAUAAAAUAUGUAAUCGUGAAUGUGUUGAAGGAUGUAAUUGUCCAGAGGGACAAACUCUUGAUAGUCAUGGUGAAUGUGUUGACAUUGAUUUAUGUCCAUGCUACAAUGAGGGUAUGGAAUUUAAACCUGGUUAUCGUGGAAUACGUGCUGGAAUAAAAUGUCAAAAUAUAUGCACGUGUAAAAAUGCUAUUUGGUCUUGUCAAGAAGCAACUGAUGAUGAAAUUGAAAAAUAUCCAUCAUCAGAUAGUCUCCAGACAAUUUGUAGUACAAUGAAAAAUCUUGAGUUGACAAAUUGUGAACCAGCAAUACCAAGCACAUGUAGAAAUAUGAAUGACAAAGUUAUUUAUUCACCAACAAUUUGUAUGCCUGGUUGUAUUUGUAAAAAAGGAUAUGUACUUGAUUCACCAAGUGAUAAUUGUGCUAAACAAGAAAGUUGUCCAUGUUAUCAUGGUGGUAAAAGAGUUAUACAGAUGGAUCAACAAUAUAAAAUAUGUCCAGGUAUAUGUUCUGUUUGGGGUGAUUCACAUUAUAAAACAUUUGAUGAUAAAACAUAUGAUCUUCAAGGUGCAUGUGAUUAUGUAUUUGUUGAAGGUAAUUUUGGUGCUGAUGAUUGUUUUGAAAUAUCAACAAAAAAUGUACCAUGUGGUACAUCAUGGGUAACAUGUUCAAAAGCCAUAACAUUAAGUAUUGAAACAGCAAAUAAUCGUGAAAAAAUAACUCUAACAAAUGACAAACAAUUAUCAUUAAAUAAUUAUCAAAGAAUUGCUGUUAGAUAUGCAGGUGAAUUUUCAUUCUUAGAUGUGCCUGAUUUAGGUUUAGUUGUACAAUGGGAGGUACGAGAUAUUAAACUUGAUCCAAAAUGGAAAAGUAAAACAAAAGGUUUAUGUGGUGAUUAUAAUGACAAUAGCCAAAAUGAUUUUAAAACACCACCAGAUGGAAUAUCAGAAGUAUCAGCACGUAUAUUUGGUGAUUCAUGA